GUGACGAGCUCAGCCAAUCACGUGACGAGUUGCUACAACCCUCGCGGGGUCGCCUCGCAACAACGAUUUCCUUGUGUUGUGUUUUCACGAAGAAAACGGCUAUUGUUAUUUGGAGAAAACACCCCGGACAAAAUUAUCUGCAGGUCUUCAGUCUACCAUUUUAUAAUUUACUUUAGAGUUUUUAUGUGCCUGUUUACCACUUGUUUUACUGAGUACCAGUUCGUGACAGGCGAACUAAUUAACUAGAUAGGAGCGGGCAUGCUAGUCAGUUAGCUAGUGUGUCAAGACUGAUCAGAACGUCACAUAAUACGACUGUAAGAGACACAUCUGAUCCCACUCAGAAGAAAAGAAAUGCCGCUCAAACACGUCAUGUUGAUUUGAACACUUUAUUCGUCUUGGAGCCGUUGCUGUUUUUUUCUCGGCUAAGGUUAGCUCACUUAACCAGUCGUGUUGCUGUGGUUGUACAUCGGUCUGAGCUGGAGAAAUGGGUUCAAUUAUUAGUCGAAGAAUCGCUGGUGUUGAGGACAUCGACAUCCAGGCCAAUUCUGCAUACAGAUAUCCUCCAAAAUCAGGAAACUAUUUCGCCAGCCAUUUUUUCAUGGGAGGAGAGAAGUUUGACACUCCUCAUCCAGAGGGAUACCUUUUUGGAGAGAACAUGGAUCUCAACUUUCUUGGUAACCGGCCAGUGCAGUUUCCCUAUGUUACUCCAGCACCCCAUGAGCCAGUCAGGACAUUGAGAAGUCUUGUCAACAUCAGAAAAGACUCAUUACGAUUGGUCAGGUAUAAAGAUGACGCUGAUACUCCUACUGAUGAAGGAGCAAAACCAAGGGCCUUAUAUGGAGUGGAGUUCACCUUUGACUCUGAUGCACGAGUGGCCAUCACUAUCUACUGCCAGGCUUUUGAGGAGUUCUCCAAUGGGAUGGCAUUAUACAGCCCUAGAACCCCUGCAUUAGUCUCUGAAACCAUAAAUUACAAACGAGGGGUUAGCCAGCAGUUUACCCUGCCCUCCUUCAAGAUGGAUUUCUCUGAAUGGAAGGAAGAAGAUCUCAACUUUGAUUUGGACAGAGGUGUUUUCCCCAUGGUGAUUCAGGCUGUGGUGGAUGAAGGAGAUGAUUGUUUGGGACAUGCACAUGUACUGUUGGCAGCAUUUGAAAAACAUGUUGAUGGCAGUUUCUCAGUCAAACCUUUGAAGCAGAAACAAAUUGUGGACCGUGUCAGUUACUUGUUACAAGAGAUUUAUGGAAUUGAGAACAAAAACAACCAAGAGACAAAGCCAUCUGAUGAUGAGAACAGUGACAACAGCAACGAGUGUGUGGUGUGUCUGUCAGAUCUGCGGGACACUCUGAUUUUGCCCUGUAGGCACUUGUGCCUGUGUAACUCCUGCGCUGAUACUCUGCGCUACCAGGCCAACAACUGCCCGAUCUGCCGACUGCCGUUUCGAGCUCUUCUUCAGAUUCGAGCUGUAAGAAAGAAGCCUGGAGCACUUUCUCCUGUUUCCUUCAGCCCAGUGCUGGCUCAAAACAUGGAUCAUGAUGAGCACUCAAGCUCAGACUCAGUUCCCCCUGGCUUUGAGCCCAUCUCACUGCUGGAGGCUUUGAAUGGUCUUGGUGCUGUGUCCCCUGGCCUUCCAUCUGCUCCUCUGUAUGACGAGAUCAACUUCGCUGGGAGCUUGAGUGGAGAGAGCAGGCAGCUCAGCUCACCUGACCACUCUGGAGACAGUUGUGGACAGAAGAGCAAAGUCAGCAAGUCACCCGACAGCACUCUACGCUCUCCAUCAUCACCCAUUCAGGAGGAGGAUGAAGAAAAACUGUCUGAGAUGUCUGAUGCACAAGCUCACACGCUGCUGUCCAGCAGUCCUGCCCCCACUGAGGGUACGGCUGGAGAGGACGUCCCUGAUUCACUGUCUCCUGAAGAUGAGGAUGGACUGAAUUUGGAGGAAGAGGUGAUGAAUGACUGCAGCAGUGAGCACAGCAGCUUUACCAAGACUGAUAGUGACCCCCCUGGAGACCUGUCCCUCCCCGGAUUAUCUGUCUCAACGGAGAGUCUGAACACUCAGAGUACCUGCUGCUCCAUCCAGCCGCUCCUGGGUCCCUCAAGCCAUUUGCACAUGGAUGAUGAUGAUGAUGAUGAACUGGAUGUUUAACCCUGUCCAUCUCCUUCUUUGUACAGCUGGACAUGUCUCCACAUUGCAGUUUGAUGCACUCCCUUUCCAAUAUCCCACUGUGAACAUGAUUGACUCUUGUUCCAGGCCUUUUGUUUUAAACACAACUGGCUGAGGCCGAUGAGCUUGUUCUGGAGGUGUGUCAUAUUUCUUGUGCUUGGUGUUUAGGGCUCUAUUUUGAACAAGUUGCUUACUUCACCCAAAAUGACCACCCUUACCCAAACUGUGCUAUAUUAUCUUUCUUCCAUGAAUCACUAAUUCACACUAAGUUGGGCAGAAUGUCCAGUCUGCUCUUUUACAUUCCAUAAAGUGGAAGUUGAUUUUAAAGUCCUUGGUUAGCUCAGAAAACCAGUGAAAUAAAAUUAUUAGUCCAUACUACAUAUCAAGUAAUCCAACUUUUCAGAAGUCAUAUGAAAUAGCUUUGAUUGACAGACCGAACUCUAAAACUUCAAAUAAUAUUCCUUCCAAUUACAAAAUGCCUUCAUGGUAUAAUUUUACUGAACUUUUGAAGAUUCACAAUCCAUCCUUAAAUGGAAAAAAAAAGUAUGAAAUGGUAGAUGGUGGUUGCAGAUGAAAUUUCUGGUGAUUUCUGGAAACAGUGUUUUUGAAUUGGCAUCCAUUGUUUCUUGAAGGACAUCCAAGGAACCUUACCAUUGCACAAAAGGUUCUUUAAAGUGGAAAAGGGUUCUCUAGAUUAUCUUUAAAAAAAGGUUCUUUGAGGAACUUCCUCACCACUUCUAUGUUUUAAACCGUUAUUUUUAAGUGUGUGGUUGAGAGUGAAGCAGGUCAUUUUGGUGCUUGGUUAUGUGAUACUAGAGUUAGAGCCUUGAUCCAGGAUUUAAUUCUAACACUAAUAAACAUAAAGCAGCUGGCUACGAUAAACAGACAAAGCACAUUUUAAUAAAAACUCAUUUCAGGAUAUCUUUGAGCAAAUGUAAAAGUCAACAAAUGAGUGUAUAAUACAGAUAAACUAAUUUCUUAGUAAGAGCUUACCGGUAAAUGUCCUGAACUAUUUUUUUGUGUGUGUGCUGACUGAAGAUGAGCAGUCAGAAAAGCACUUCUGAAUAUAUAUAUUCAUGAUUUCAAAUGUAAUAUUUAUAAUGAUAAUACUGUUGGAAAUGGUGGAUUUCUUGUCAGUUUAAUGACCAAAUAUUGUGAGGUCUAACAGUGCUUUAAAUGUGCUUGCUUGUUCAGCUAUUUAUGCUCUUUAAGGACUAAAAAAGCCAUGGUUUACUCUUAUUUACCUCUCUAUUUGCUUAUGAAUAUUGUAAUAUAAUCUAUAAAUACUUAAACAUGUAAAAGCAUUCCUUUCAUGUUUUGGUUUAGAUGUUAUAACAAAUAAUUUUAGAGCGAGAACUUUGUGAAUAUUUGUCAGAUUGGUUGUAUUUAUUUAAAGCUGAGUCCUGUAUUUAUGAGAGGAAAGGAAAGAAAAGGUCAAUGAAAAAGUCACAAGAAGCAUGAAAUCUCAUUGUUCUCCUCAAACAUGCAGAUAUGCAGUGUCUUGUAGCAUUAUGCAUAGAGGUUUAUGUGCCUUUAAAGAACAAAGCAAAUGUUGCAACUGCUUUUGCUCAUAGCGGUGCUGUUCUUGUGUUCAUCAGCUGUAACCUUUAGCUUCGAAUACAUUUAUGCAUUAGAUGUGAGACUGAUGUUCUUGUUUUGUAAUGUCCAUUGUGGAGAGCAGAUCAUUUUAAACUGAUGUUAUGAAGGUUGAAACGUAUUUCUUAUACAAAUUUUGCAAUGCUAUAAUACUUAACAUGAUUUUUGUUACAACAUUUGUGAAUACUGAUUAAACUUAUUGAUAGUGUUGAAUUAAUUGCUUACAGCGCUGCAUGAUAAUAACUUAUGUAAGAUUUAUCACUGCACUGGAAUAUGCAUAUUAUUUAUUUCCUCAAAUAAUGUGCCAUUUCAAUUAAAUAUUCCACUGUGCCUUCUGGUUCUUUUGAGAAGUGCAUUUAAAGCAUACUUAAAAAAAAAAAAAAUACUUAUUAGGAAAGCAAUAUACUUGUAUCAUUAUUAUGGAACAAAUGUUGUAUAUAAGUUACAUGAGUGUUAUUUCCUAAAUCUGAGAAGUUAAGCAUUUGUGUUUUUUGAAGUAUUUUAGCAGCACUUAAGCAAAAUAUGUGAUUUUGUCACUUCUAAUAAGCUAUUUUUGCAUGUACUUCUGAUAUACUUUGGUCAGGUGCACUGAAAAUAAAAUGUCCUUCAAAGCAACUGUAAUUUAGAAAAA